GUGUGUGUGUGUGUGUGUGUGUGUGUGUGUGUGUGUGUGUGUGUGCAGGUGCGCCAGAUCAUGAAGAAGUGGGCGGACCUGAAGUGUGAUGCGAGGAGGCGCAUGCUGGCCAUGCGGGCCCCCAAGGGCCACAAGAAGACCCUGGGCCCCGUGGAGGUCAUGGUGCAGAAAAUCCUGUUGCUGGCGCCGGGCAAGGACGAGGCUGAGUUGGACAUCGAGAGCUUCGAGGAGUACAGCCGACGGAGACCGAGAGCAAAGCCCCGAGGACGCCCCCGCCGCCACUCCAUCUCCUCCCCCAAGGAGGAGCUUGUGGAAGACUUCUACCAGUCCUCUCCUGAGAUGAACUUUGACCUGAUCAACGAUGAGAGUAAGAAACUUAUAAACCAUCAUUCCUCCUCCUCCUCCUCCUCCUCCUCCUCCUCCUCCUCCCUCUCUUCCUCUUCCUCCUCCCGGCUGGCCCGGGUGGCGGCCCAGAGCCUGGUGCAGCAGCAGGUGGGCGGGGCCCUGCUGGGCUCGGUGUCGCGCUCCCUGGAGCUGCUGGCGGCCGCCGUGCAGCAGCUGGUGGAGACGCAGCAGGACUUCAUCAGCGAGUCUCUGGAGCAGCAGCGCCACACGCUGGACGUCCUCAAGGACUUCUCCCACAACGCCCUCAGCCUGCUGCGGGACCGGCCCCCGGCCCACGCCCGGCUCCCCCCCUCACACACCCCCGGACCCCCAACCGGACCCCCAACCACCCCCAACCGGACCCCCAACCAGACCCCCAACCGGACCACCAACCGGACCACCAACCGGACCACCAACCGGACCACCAACCGGUCCCCCAACCGGUCCCCCAACCGGUCCCCCAACCGGACAACCAACCGGACAACCAACCGGUCUACCAACCGGUCCACUAACCAGUCUACCAACCGGUCCACUAACCAGUCUACCAACCAGUCUACCAACCGGUCCACUAACCAGUCCACCAACCGGUCCACUAACCAGUCUACCAACCGGUCCACUAACCAGUCCACCAACCGGUCCACUAACCAGUCCACCAACCGGUCCACUAACCAGUCUACCAACCGGUCUACCAACCGGUCCACUAACCGGUCUACCAACCGGUCCACCAUCAGCCCCUACUAG